AAGACCAAUGAGCUCCUUAAGGUCUAUGGUGGAUCCUCCGUGGCCUCGGACCUGGCGCAGGUCAAGUCCCUCGAGCGCUUGGGCAAGGAGCUCGACGCCGAGCGCCCCUUGGGGGAUCAGGUCACCUCCCUCACCACGAGACUGCGGAACUCCCGUGCCAAGGCCAAGCGCCUUCGCGAGGAGCAUGCUAAGAAGCAGCUGGUCAUCGACGAGCUGGUUGCCGAGUGGACGGUGCUCCAGGACUCUUUGGCCGAGGCAGAUGCCGAAGUCUUGCGGCUGGAGGAGGAGGUUCAGCGCUUGGGCGCCGACCGAGCCCCUCCACCCACUGCUGGCAAGCCCACGCUCCAUGAGCUGCUGCCGAAGUUCGCUGUGCACGUCCAGCAGCUUGGCGAGUUUGCCGUGGAGCUCGGCUUGGGCCCCAGCCUUCAGGCGGAGCUGGAGACGGCGGCCAAAGUCUUCGGGAAGCUCCAUGGGCUUCCCCAGGCGAAGCCGCCGGCGGCACAGGUGCAGGUCCUCGCUGAGGAAGCUGCCAAGGACAACGUGGAGAUCGAUAUCGACCUCAUGGAGUCCGCCGAGCUACGGGAGGCGUUGGAGGCGGCAGGAUUCACGCAGCCUGACGACGCCACCGACGCGGACAUGCGGGUGGCGUGCAAGCGUGUCCUCGACUCCUUCACGCACGCGGCUACGGCGCACAAGGUGAAGGAGAAG